CACGCAGGAGAGACGCGGAAGUGGGUCACCUCGGAACUAUUCUGACGCAACUUUCUCUGCAUGUUUGACACUCGUGCGGCCAUGAAGAAGUAGCCCCCCCGCCUCAUUUUCCUCAGGGUGGUCCAGCUGUGUCUUCUUUUUUUGUUUUUUUUUACGUGAACGGAAUCCGGACUCUUAAUGGAUUACAACAAACCUGAUGAAAGAUCCCCCGCCGAGUCUUGUCACUAAUACGCGAAUCGAGCUCAGGCACCGAACCGGUUCAAUUCUUCUGACUCCCCAGGACCCGAUUCGGCAGUCAAGGAGGCUUCCGAUCCGCAUGAUCAACAUGUUGACGGCGCACACCGGACACUUGCUCCACCCGGAAUAUUUACAACCGUUAACACCAGCGCCCGUCAGCAUCGAGCUGGACGCUAAGAAGAGUCCGCUGGCCCUGCUGGCUCAGACCUGCUCCCAGAUCGGAAAACCGGAUCCUCCGAGCUCCUCUAAACUCAAAGAGAAGGAGGCCAGCGGUCGCUCGUCUGUCUCCAGCUUGAAAGUGGGAGAACAGCGCCCCCCUUCGGAGGACAAGUCCAGCUUCAAGCCUUACCUCAUCGGCGGCAGUGGAGACGGGGAGAGAGUAAGCAGCAGCAGCAGCAGUUUGGAUAAAGUAUCAUUCAAGGUUCUCAACAAUAAUGGGAAUACAGCCAAUGGGCAGCUGUCGCACGUGCCCCACGCCUCCUCACCCAGCCCUGGACCCAGCAGAGCCAGCCCCCCGGGGUCCACCCAGCAGCCGCCUCUCAAGCACCCAGGUGGCGGACCGCCCAACCCGCAUGCUCACGUGUCAAAUGGAAACCGUGAGCCGGACAGCCCGAGCAAGAAAGACGCUGAUGCAAGCAAAACGACCUCGGAGGGUCCGCACCUCGCCAACUCCAGCCACGCCCGAGCUACCGCCAACUGCAGCACCGGCAGCUCGGAGGGUGGCUCCAUCCUCGAUAAAGUGGACUCGGUGCCAGGGCACAUUGCGCCCAUUUCUCCUUACAAGGCGGCGCAAGCGCUAUUCCCGCUGCAGUCGUCUAAUUUAGGCUACCACGGGUCGGUGGUGGGGGCCUAUGCUAGCUUCCCUCCGCCCUUGGUUCCCGGGUUAGACCACAGCAAGUCCGGCGUGGGAAACUUGGGCAUUCCUGGAAAGCAUCCGAGCUCCAGCCCUCUUACCGGGGCCUCUCCCCCUUCAUUUAUGCAGGGUCUAUGCAGGGACCCCUACUGCCUCAGCUACCCCGGUGUACCCCACUCAUCCGUCCACGAGCCCUCCGGCCUCAAGUCCAGCUUUCCGUUGGUGUAUCCCUCCCACCCGCUUCAUUCCCUCCACCCCGGCGGUCCCUCGUCCCUCCCCCACCCCUUGUACUCAUACGGCUACAUGCUACCCAAUGACCCCCUUCCUCAUGCGUGCAACUGGGUCUCGGUCGGGGGUCCGUGCGACAAACGUUUCGCCACGUCAGAUGAGCUCCUGGCUCACCUGCGCGCACACACGGCGCCCCCCGUGGACAUGGAUGCCAAGAUGCUCUCAGUCUCGUCAUCGGGACCUUCUUCUUCCUGUCACCUGCACCUUCCCCACAUGAGCAGCCCCGGCUCCUUGCUCAGAGCGCCGCCCAGCCUGGGACUUGCUCGCUAUCACCCCUACAGUAAGGUCCAUUUGACCCCCGGACCCUCCUCCGUGUCCCUGCACUCCCUGCCCGCUACAAGCCCCUACUACCCGCACUACGCCUUCUACAACCAAAGACUCGGAUCUGCGUCCGCUCUGGGCUACCAGUGACACCGACAUCCCUCCAGAGACAUUUUUUUUUAAAGGACCACUGGGACUUUUUGGAUGUAUGUUGACGCCACUUUGGUAUAUCUUAAUGGCCUUGGCUUUGCGUUCUUUCUUUCAGUACGGAGAAAUUGACCAGUUAACCUAAGGAAUCUGGGAAUUUCAAAACCAUACUUUUGAAAUCUAUGUUUACACCUGCGCUAGGCCAAAAAAAAACAUCAUUUGUGACUUGUCUGUCAUGACCAAAAGCAAAAAAGAAAUCAUUAUAUCCGCACUUUUAUACAAAUCCUCAGAAAAGGUUAUUGCCUGGCACGUAUACCAGGUCCACCUGCCGCAAAGUUAGCCUGUGCAAUUUUGCCGUAUCCCGCUAACAAACCAACCGGGACAUCACACUCGCUAGAACUUUGGCUAGCAGUUGAUGCUAAUGUUGCUGCCAUGUAACUCAGCGAGUUAGCUGCUAACAUUGCCACUAAAUAUGAUUUUUUUGUUUUGUUGCCAAAACUCACAAUUUGAUGCUACUUGUUUGCUACUUUAUUGCUAACAGCUGCUUUCAAUGCUAAGCCAGCAGACACCCUGGACAUCCAACCACGUGUUAACGCUCCUGGAGUAUUUCUUUUACACCGGGGCGCCCUGCCUGGUACCGUUAUGUUUCUUCUAGAGCCCCCCACCCCGCCACCCCUCCCCCACCCCUGGCCGAGUUGAAUGUUUAAAAAUCAUGUCUCUCCAAAGCGCUUUUGUAGCAAAGAGAUGUGAUAUUUUUUUUGUACAUGUGAACCACCACGCGGUGCUAUCCAGAAAACACGGGUUUUGGGGGUGGGGGUGAGGUUGGGGAUUAUGGGGGGGGUUGUAUUUUGUUAAA